AUGGCUGACUUCCUAUCGAAAACUAUUUACUAUUUAUUCGUAUCUGCGCGUACACGUGAUAUCUUUUCUGAAGUAUGGGUAAUGUUGCAUACAAAGUCAAACAUCCUCAUGAACUUUUACACUCAAGCUCUGUUCCAAGACACGGUCCGUCCGACUACGGCGCGCACUCACGCAGUUCAUUCACAACUACCGAUGCGCCAUGGAAUGUAA